AUGCGCUGGCGCGACCGCCUGGCCGUGCUCUUCUUCCCACCAGGCCUGAUGCUCACCAUGGCGGCAUUCACGCUGCUCUGUGUCCACCUGAGUGUCUUUGCCAGCGACGUGCACAACUUCUACGUCACCCACCACUACGACCGCAUGAGCUUCCGCUACACGAUCGUCCUGAUAUUCUCCCAGGUGAUCAGCAUCUCCUGGGCUGCCAUGGGGUCACUCCAAGCUGAGAUGAUGGAUGACCAGUACGUUCGCUGCUUUGCCCUGAUCGUCCUGAUAUUAAAUGGAGCCAUGUUCUUCAGCCGCUUGUCCCUGGACUUUCUGGCCAUCGAAUACCGAAAAGAGAACCACUGA